GGACAAAGUCAAAGGUCGAAGAUUCGAAACGCGACCAGUGUCACUGAAUUACGACUUUUUUAUAAUGGCUUCAAGAAAGACUCCCAAGAAGACUCCAAGGAAAAGCAGGCGGGAUAGCUGGGUAGCAAUAACGGCAGAGCAUGUGUUUGCAGAAUAUGAAAAGGGAAAUACUGUGCCAUACAAAAAUGUCUUGGACAAGCUUCCUGAUCCUACUACAGGGGCAGAAGAGUUGACCCAUUUAUUAUGUCAGCUACAGGGGUGUGUUUCCAGACUAGCAAGUGAACAUGAGGCCCUCGUCAGGGCAAUACUGCGUGUAGACUGGGUGGAGCGAGAUGCAAUUGUCAGAGGUCACUACCAAGCCUUGUUGGUCAACUUUGUGUCGGCUCAACCCAUCUAUCUGACCAGGGUACUGACCACCCUUGUGCGUCACUUCAAUCCACAAAAUCCUGUACCACCUCCAGCUUCCAGUGCAGAUGUAGAUGGUGAUCAUCACAAGGAACAGGAAGAGAAGUUCAGAAUGGUGCACUCCACCCUCCAAGAAGUUCAGAGGGUAGUUCCUUUACUUCCCAAAUAUCUUCUCUCGGUCUUGGGUGAUAACAUGCCACAUGCCAGGCAAUCGUGUUACAUUCAGGAGUGGUACAUAAGAAACCUGCUUCAUGUUAGUCGGUACUUACCAGAGCUUUGUCAGGGUAUCCUAGAGAUCAUCAUACACAGAAUGCUGGAACUAGACGUUGGUCUUCCCAAAGAUGAUGUCUGGGAACCGGAUGAGAGGGAGGAAGCAGACACCCCUCAGUUUGCUAUGGAUGGAUUGGAUGAUGAGAAAGUAGAAUCGAGCAAAGAUGACGAGGAGAAAGUAAAACUGUCCGAGAAGGCAACCAAAGUUGAUACCUUGAUGUGUGUCCUCAUGGUCUUUCUCAAGGAAUCGUGCUUCAAAAAUGGUGAAUUUUUGUUUGAGGAAACCAAAGUGUUGCAUCGUUACCUGCUUCAGGUGUUUGAGAGUGUCCUCCUACCUACUCAUGCUUCCAGUCAUGUGCAAUUCCUUUUCUUCUACUUCUGCAGCUUCAGACAGGGCAUAGUAGACAGCUUUGUGGAUGCAUUGUGGAGAAGGUUCAUCAACCCCAACACACCAGCUGUCGUGAGGCAGACAACGGCAUCGUAUAUGGCAUCAUUUGUUGCGAGAGCUAACUAUCUCCCUGCAAGCACUGUGAAUGCAUGCCUGGACCUCAUGGUGAGCUGGAUUCACUGUUACAUCAACAACCAAGAGAGCGCUUCACGGUUUAGCAAAGAGGUCAAGGUCCACGGUCCUUUCUACUCGCUAUGUCAGGCUGUUCUCUACAUCUUUGUCUAUCGUCACAAGCAGCUCUUAGAGAAUAACAAAGGUCUUCACUACAUCAUGAGCCUCAACUUGGAGCGGGUCGUCACCUGCCGUCUGAACCCCCUCAAGGUGUGCCUGCCCUCUGUUGUCAACAUCUUUGCAACUCUUGCGAGGAAAUUCCAAGUGGCCUUUUGUUACACAGUGAUGGAGCACAAUGCCCGUUCCAAGCUGCCUGUUUUCAAACUCAACACAUUUGGUUCAGGUGCCAUGGCAACGCCAGGAAACCCUCUGGACUCUUUCUUCCCAUUUGAUCCUUACGUCCUCCCCCAAUCUGGUGUUGACAUUGAAAAACUAUACAGACAUUGGGAAGGAUGUAAGCCCGACUUCUCAGGCUUAGAGCCAGCUGUGGAUGAUUCUGAAGACGAGGAGGAGUUCAUGCAGUAUGAAUCCGUCGACAAAGAUAUACCCCUCGGUCUCACACCAACCAGUGCAGCUUGCAUCUCUCCGGGAUUCCGAUCACCCUCUUCAUUCGGAAGAUGAAACCAAGAAGAACGUUUCACCUUUUUUAUUCCUCGGUAAAACCCCAAUGCCUAAUUCUGAUUCCGACUAGCAUCUCUUGCAUUUCAUCAGGGAGCAGAACACCGGAAGAUCAAACUGAAAAUGACAUUUUAUUGUUGGACAGUAUCCUUGAAAUACGUCUUGGUUUUAAUCCUACCACUCUGGCUGGCUUGCCACUUACCAGACUUCACAUGUGGUUGGUUGGUUGGUUGUUAUUUUUUUACCUGACUGCUAAGAAAGCAUAAAUGCUUGUAAGUAAGCAACCAGACGGCCGACGCCUUUAGGUCCUC